AUGGCUGAAUCAAAUCAAACGCAAUGCAUUGCGAUGGAUUCCGCCACCGCUUUACAACGGUAUCUUGAUCACAUCCCCGUCAGUUCCAUCUCCGGCAUCAAGUCCUCCGUCGUUUUGGAAGUCAAGACUGGGGACUUCGUUAAGGAUGCAUUACGAAUAAUGUUUAAGAAGAAUGUGGCUUCUGCUCUCAUCGCCGAUGUCUCCACCGAUGGUUUCCCUGAUCGGUUUAUUGGCUUUGUUCAUCUCUCAAGCUUGCUUCUAUGGUGUAUUCAGGAGAUUCGAAAAUUGGAGAAUGAAAUUGAGUGUAUUGAGUCUGAGAAGACUAAAGAGACUGUUUGUGGGAUUAUGGGGUUUCUUGAACAGAAUCCACACAUUGGCCAAACCAAGGUGGGUGAGUUGGGAAAGACGUUCUUGUGGGAUCCUUAUUUUCCUGUUGGAAUGAGGGAUACACUUUUUCAUGUUCUUCUUAUGUUUUCGAAGCAUCGUUUACAAGCUGUUCCUGUGGUUGAGCUUUCCAAUUCUAACGUAAUUGGUUUCAUUACACAGACAGCAGUAAUUCAUUUGCUUCUGGAAUCAAGUGGAUUGGAGUGGUUCGAUGGCAUAGCGGACAAAGUUAUAUCAGACUUUCGGUUUGAUAAUGAAGAGCAUGUUCUCCAUGUCUAUGGUGACCAAAACAUUAUAGAAGCUUUUUAUAUACUAUGGAAUAAACAAAUUGGUGCAGUUGCUGUAACAGAUAGAGGAAGUAAGAGGCUUAUUGGUUGUUUGAGGAACAGUGACGCAUAUCUUCUCUUGGAGAAGGAAGAUUUAUUUCAGAACAGAAAGUAA